AUGGUAGGUUAUUUUUUAUCUUCAGUCUUACCAAAAAAAAAACUGGAAUUAGCUGCCAAAGGACUGGCUCUUGCCUGUGGUCUGGUUUUGAACAGUAUCACCCCUAGAUUAAAAUUGGUUAUGUCUAACAACACCUACAAAUUUCUAAGAUAG